AUGGCAGAAAAAUUUCGGUGGUUGCUGAAAGGUGUAGCUAGUGAAGUGAAUAAACACCGAUUGUUUAAUAAUGCAAAGACAACAGUCAAUAAUGCCACUGAGAAAGCACAAGAAAAAUUGAAUACCAUACAGAAUGCUGUUGCUACAAGAUAUGAUGUUAUUGCAAAGCAAGUCAAUAAUGAUAUAACAUUAAUUCAAAAUUUAAAUGCAGCGAAAUUAGAACCAAGUCCUUUACCAAAGGGAGUCGUGAAAUGGUUGCAGUGGUAUCAGCAGUUAACAGGUCUAGACACAGUUGAGGUAGCCAAACAACAAGUAAUUGCAGCUCAAGAUAAAUUAUUUAAAUGCCAAGAUGAGAGGAGAACUCUUAAUCGGCAAGCAACUCUAGUAACUGAUAAAUUGAAAGAAGUAUACUCAGAGCUUAUACAAACUAGAAGAGAUGAUCCAAAGUAUGUGCAAUUAACAAUAAUAGAAAAUAAAAGUCUUCAAGAUCAAGCAAGAAUUAUAUCAGAGCUUAAUUUAUUAGAGAAGGAAGAAAAGGAUCACUUUACACAAUUAACAACAGCUAUUAAGGAAUAUCAUGAUAGCCAAACAAUGAAUGCUCAGAAGUACAAGUACUUGUCUGUUCUUGCAUCUGCCAUAUUAGCAGUUAUAUCGUUAACGGGUUCUAUGAUAUAUAAUAAUAAGAGAAUUGCAAAUGUUCGAAAUGUUAUAGAAGAGGCACAGGUAAAGAAUGAGAGUGCUUUACGCAAUAGUCUUCAAUCUUUAGAGGAUAAUAUCAAUACAAAAUUUACUGAGGUACUUGAAAAAUUGGAAAACGAAAACAGUAAACCAAGUACAACUCUAGUCAGUCAUAUGGAAGACACAAAUGAGUUGAGAAAUACUUAUAUUUUAGUGGGAUUAUCUGUUGUUGGUUUAUACAUUCUCAGAGGAUUGAUAGGUUGA